ACCUUCUCGACUACCGCCAGUCGCCUGGCCAAAGGACACUCGACCCGUGAGCUUCUUCCUUCUGGUCCAGCACGAACGCGUUUUGCUCCUUCUCCUACCGGCUAUCUCCAUCUCGGAUCGCUACGUACCGCUCUCUUCAACUACCUGCUCGCCAAAAGAACUGGAGGCCAGUUCCUGCUCAGGAUAGAGGAUACAGAUCAGCAAAGGCUGUGCGACGACCUGAGGUGGGCUGGCAUUCAAUGGGACGAGGGUCCGCAAGUCGGUGGUCCCUAUGGUCCAUACAAGCAGUCUGAAAGAACGCCACUAUACCAGAAACACGCUCAGGAACUCGUCGGCUCAAAGGCAGCCUUCAGAUGCUUCUGCAGCUCCACAGCCCAAGCUCCUGUUGAUGUCGAUGCUUCGCUAGUCGGAUCUGCCAUCGGCGGCUGCCAUAGCGAUUGCGCCAGCAUNCCCCUGGACGAAUCAAAUGAAAGAGCACGUAACGAGAAACAUGCCGUCCGCUUCGGCAAGCCCGACAGAGCNCCCAGCUGGUCUGAUCUUGUCUAUGGCAAAGUUUCGCUCGAGUCCAAAAAGACGCUACCGCAAAGAGCUGCUGUUGAAGGUGUCAUUCUUCUCAAGGGGGACGGAACACCCACAUAUCACCUCGCCAACGUCAUCGACGACCACUACAUGAAGAUCACUCAUGUGAUUCGUGGCACUGAAUGGAUGUCUUCAACACCUCUGCAUGCCGCUCUGUAUAACGCUUUCGGCUGGACACCGCCGGCUUUCGCCCAUGUAGGUUUGCUCACUGACAAGGAUCAAGCAAAGCUCUCGAAGCGCAAUUUUGAUACAGAUAUCGGAGCUCUCAAGACAAAGCACGGUAUCUUGCCUGAGAGUCUGGCCAACUUUCUUGCCUUACUGGGCUGGCGCAAUCCUACUCGCGAUGAUGUCUUGGAAAUGAACAAGUUGGUUGAACUCUUCGACCUGAAGUUUACCAAAGGCAACUCAAUUGUUUCGUUCGACAAACUAUGGUAUCUGCAGAAGAACCAUGCAAAGAUCAUCAUCGAACGCGCAAUGCAAUCUUCAACGUCAGAUGAUUCGUUUGAGACUUUGGUCGGUUUGAUUGAGUCGGCCGCGAGGACUGCUUAUCCUACAUCAGAAGCGGUAAUAGGAGGCCUGGAUCUGAAAACAUACAUCAUGAACAUUCUCUUCAUCGACGCAAAAACAUACGAGAAUCCAACAUCAUACGUAGAGCGAAAUGCCUACUUCUUCACCACUCUACCGCCAGUCUCACCAUCAACCGAAACCUCAAUUCCCACAUCGGAUCUUCAUGACGCGGCUAUGGAGAUCAUGUCUCGUGUCAACACCGCCAGCGUAUCACCGACAGCAUCUCACGAUUAUGCACAAGUAAAACAACAUCUGGAUACCGCAAUGGAAAAGUACGCCAAAGCGAUUGGGGACACGUGUCAAUCUCGCGCCACAAUAGACGGACAAGUGGAGAAAGAAAAAUCAAAGGAAUGGAGCAAGUCACUUCAUCGCUAUUUGCGAGAGAAGCUAUGCUUUGGACGGCCAGGGCCUGGAAGCUCACAAGUCAUGGCUGUGCUUGGCUACAACGAGUGUAUGAAGCGACUCGAGAUGUAA